CAAAGCAAGAACGUGAAUAUUUUAAAAGGAAGCAUUUAUCUGUUUAAAGUGGCGGUCCUUACCUGAAUCAGUGGAGGUGAAACCAUGCAGUGGGUGUUGUGCGUUGUUCUUGCGGUCCAAGCGAUCAUACUGACUACUGGUCAUCAAGUAGAUCAGAUGAAAUGCAAGGUAGACAUCGCUUUCGUUGUCGACUCAUCCAGUAGUAUAUCAGUGGAUGAUUUCGAUAUCCAGAAGAAUUUCAUCGAAGAUGUAGUCAGACGCUUUGACGUUGGGCCGGAGGAUGUCCAGUUUGCCGCGGUCUCCUAUAGCGGAAAUGCGUAUGACGAGUUCAAGUUCAACGCCGGAAGUGACCAAUCGAGAGUCAUUAAAGACGUUGGCGACAUUCGGUAUAGCCAAGGACCAGCCACCAGGACGUAUAAAGCUAUUGAACGCAUGCGUACCUAUCUGUUUGCUCCCGGUAAAGGUUCUCGUGACGAUGUAGUUCACGUGGGUAUUAUCCUAACAGACGGGACAACCAACCCUGGGAAAUAUGACAGGCUUUCGACCAAAAUGGGCAAAGCCGCAACGCAAGAGCAAGCGCAGUUAGCUAAGGACGACGGUAUAUACUUGUUUGCUGUCGGUAUCGGACCUGAUGUGAAUAAGGAAGAACUCCUUGGAAUAGCUUCUGUCGACCCAGACAACAAGUUUAUGAUAACUGUAGACAGCUACAACCAACUGAACACGAAGGUCGUCAAAGAGACUCUGUCUUACAGGGCGUGCUCCCCUGUUUCGUCACCGAAUCCUGUAAUUAAUAUAGAACAACCAAUCUUUCCUGAUAUACCACAGGGAGAGGACCCAAAUGAAGUUUGCCAGGGAAAACCUGCCGAUGUCUUUUUUCUACUUGAUGAGUCGAGCAGCAUUCAUUCAGAAGCAAACUUUAAGCUGGAACUUAAGUUUGUAGAACAUGUUAUCAAUUACCUAGAUGUAAGCGCCGAUCUGACCCGUGUUGGCGUCCUGACCUUCAGUGAUACUGCCACCAUGCACUUCAAGCUCAAUGAUUACUCCAAUAAGGAUGAGGUCGAAUCCGCCUUAAAGAAUAUACAGUGGAGGGGUGGUAACACCUACACCCACGAGGCUCUACAAAUGCUUAGGAAUGAGGGAUUCUCAGUGAUGAAUGGGGCCCGGAAAGGGGUGGCACAUAUUGGCAUCAUCGUCACGGACGGUAGCUCUAACGAACCAAAAAAGACUUCUGAGGAAGCUGAAAAGGUUCUUAACGAGGGGACUUACAUGUUUGCUAUCGGUGUGGGAUCCGUGAACAAGGUUGAGCUAAACACCCUUGCAUCCGAACCGAAUUCAGAUUUUGUUUUCACUGUCAAAAAUCUUGGAGCUCUUGACAAAAUCAAAGAAAUCUUAGCCUACAGAGUUUGCAAAGAGAACACACAGGAAACGCCACAGGAGAUUUGUGGACAACGGACGGCAGAUAUUGUGUUUGUGGCGGACGCAUCCACUAAUAUCGGACAAUCGGACUUUGACAAACUACUCGGCUUCAUCGGAGAAGUUGUCAGUCAGUUCGACAUCGGCGUAGACGCCACACGUGUUGGCCUAAUAACCUUCGCCAAUACAUCAAAGAUUGAGUUCAACCUGAAUUCGUACACAUCGUUACAUGAUAUGAAAAAGGCCAUCUCAAACGUGGAAUGGAGAUCAGGACAACGGUAUACAGCCGAGGCUAUACAAACGCUGUAUUGCAAGAUGUUCACUCCAGAGCAAGGUGCACGAGGAGAUGAUGUUCCGAAGAUUGGAAUUGUGCUCACUGAUGGGACUUCACGACAGCCUAAGAAAACUAACCAAAUGUCAAAAGCAGCGCAUGACCUGGGAAUACGUGUAUUUGCAAUAGGCAUCGGGCAGUACAUUGCAGAAGACGAGCUGAAAUCCUUAUCCUCAAACCUUGAUAGCUAUUUUAAAGUCGACGAUUUCUCCGCGUUAUACUCCAUCGGUCAAAGUCUGACCUCCAAAGUUUGUCAAGAAGCGAAACCAGGUUUGCAUCAGCUUAACGCAUUUGACAAGAAGGAGUUGAAAGAGAUAAAGACACUACUCGAAUUACUGGAAAAAGCUGAAUCCUCCAACUAAAUCAUCAAACUCAGCACUACUCUGGGCCCUUUCCUUGUAAUCAAAAUCAAACGACCAUUUGUGUGAUUAUGUUAUCGUAAAACAACAGAAAGGACCUAUGGCUGCAUCAUCAUCUGCCUAUGAUACAUUGGAAAGGGACUCACGGAAUAAUGACCCACAGACUUGUAUACGCCGCUAGUAUAAGUGUAAUGUAUACAUUUUUUUUAUUAUAUAUGUUUUGUAUAUACCCGCAAUGCUGUUUUGGGGGGAAACGUGUAAAAGCUGUUAUUCUAUCAAACACUUCUUUAAAAUUAUAGUUUUGAUUUAUAAUCAUAUUGUAUAUUGUAAACUUUUUUUAUAUUGUCCGACAAGUCCUCUUUAAAGUAUUUUCUUAAAACCCAUUAUAUGAUAGAUAACAAAACACUAUUCCAUCGAUUUUUAAUGAUAUUGUACAGUGUACACUUUUUCUAUUGUCUGACAAGUCCUCGUCGUUUUUUGGCGGCAUGCUAUUCUAUCAACUAUAUUCUUUAAUCUGUUUUUAUGAUAUGUAUAGUUAUUUUAUUGAUUUAUAAAGAUAUAUUUUCAAAGCCUCAUUUUCAUCUAGACAAGUGAAUGAGAUACUGAUUGGGAUUUGAUAUAUAGUGUGGUGGGAACGCUUGUCUUUCUGAGUACCUGGUUAUUGACCCAUGAUUUAACCCGCGACUUGAGAUUUUCCCUGUUUAUGCUGUGGUAUAAUUCAUUUAUAUUAGUCACCGUUUUUUCUACCAAAUGUAAGAGAAUGUAUGCGUUUUGACAUUUGGUGCGUCUAUGCUACCGCCUUUAUGUGACCUUUGACCUGAUGUCAUAUGUCCUUCCCAUACUCGAUAACCGCCUGAAUGAUUGAAUUAUAAUACACAAGACUAGUAUAUGACCUAUUUUAUAUACACAUCUACACAUCUUUUAUUAAAUGUGUUAAAACUGUUUUGUGUAUUCUUUAAUAAUUUGUGUUAAUAAUUAGCAAAAGACCCAAUCACUUGUCAACGGUGAUUUGGUUCUAUCUAUAUAAAAACAUGUCGGCAAUAUGGCAGAAAUCGAGCAAUCCUCUUUCAGUUCUAUUGACCUUGUCGUGCGUGGCACAGUAGGAAAACACCGCCGGGACAAUUGAUUGGUAAUAAUGAGACAGAUUGUGUGUUCUAUGCGCGUCUGCGAAGAAUACCUUUUUCCUUUUUACUAAAAGUAAAUCUUCAUUUCAACAAUGUUUGUAUCACACUGAUAAUGUACUCCAAUGUAUGUUUUUACAUGUUGUUCUUUUUGUAUAUCUUUAUAAUUUUAUUUAAAUACAAAGCUAUUGCAGUUAAAAA